UGUUGAAACAUGCCUGAUAUCGACAAUUUUCGACGAAGCACAUCCGUUUUUCGAGAAUAUGAAGAAAGGUGUUUGCAUAUCAAUAUUCAUCGAACGAAUGAUAUGUCGCUUGUUUUCAAGCCAAACAACGAUGGGACUCUACUGACUACUUUACAGGAUUUGGUAUUGGACACAUAUGAUGCAUCCAAUAUUCUCGUCUUUGUACCAACGAGGGAAGAUGGACUCAACAGCACCCAACGACGUUUUCUCAACAAAUUAAAACUAGUGUUACUGAACAAUUCUCCAGAAAUCUCUGAGCCCUCAGAUGGUGAACGAUUUAUCGAUGAUUUGGUCAGCUUUUUAUGUAUACAAGCGAAUUUGGAUGAAGGUCUUGAAUUAUCGAUGCGACCUUGCCUAUUGCGAUUGAUCAUUGGCGAAGAAACAUUUACUGCGAAUACAAACAAAGAAGGACGACGACGUGGUCGGGAAUUGAUUUGGUUACUUCAAGAAGACAAGCAUCGAAAUAGCACUACCUAUAAACAUGGUGAUUUGCAACUGGCUUGUUCAAUGAUUGCCGCUAUUCAACGAAAUUAUAUCCAUUACGAUACCAUCAAACCAAGAAAACUAUUAGGGAUGAAAAUCGCAGCUGAUAAAUUCUAUUUUUACAGUAUGGAAGCAACAGAAGAAUACAUCAACGAAUUAUUUGGUGGGUUGCCGCAACAACAACAACACAUCGUUAUCCACCGAUAUCCCGAGAAUGGAUUGUCUCUCGCUGAUCCCACCGAACGAAAGGAAAUACUGAAAUAUCUGUCAUUAUUGUAUAGGGAAGCUUUGUCCAUGGAUUAAAACAAACACGCACAUUUGCAUUGCAUUAAAAACAGAUCCGGCACAUAGUUUUUAGUAUGAUUUCCCCUUUUAUUUAAAAAAAAAAAUAAAGACAAAUACUUUUGAUUGCGAUGACUUAAAAUGGUGAUGGAACAACGUUUGUAUAAAAAUGAUCGAAUUUAUAUGAGAAAGUAUUCUAUAGAUGAUGAAAUGCGUGUAAAAAAA